AUGGGCAAGAGCAUCUUUUUCAUCGGCGCGACCGGUAUGGCAGACUCGGACGCCAAGGUCACAGUCUAUGGCAGGCGGCCGGAAGUGGUGGAGGGCUUCUCGAAGGUGGACUCGCGACUGGUGCCUGCGAUCGGAUCCCUGGACGACCAUGACAAGCUGGAGAAGCUGGCGAGCGAGCACGACAUCACCCUGAACUGCGCGGAUGCGGAUGGCAAGGCUGCGAACCAGGCCAUCCUGCGAGGCCUGAAGAAGCGCCACGAGAGCGGCAAGACCCCCAUCCUCAUCCACACGAGCGGAACGGGCACGCUGUCGGAUCUCGAUGCGGGCACCUUUGCGACCAAGGACAUUUACACGGACCUCCAGAAGUCGAGCGAGUUCAAGACCCUCGCGUCCCUCCCCGAUGAUGCGUUCCACCGCGACGUCGACCUCGACAUCGUCCGUGCUGACCAGGAAGGAUAUGUCAAGGCGUACAUCAUCCUGCCCUCGACCAUCUAUGGUAUCUCUGAGACGCCCUUCGCGGACGCCGGGCUUUGCAACCCCCAGUCCCAGCAGGUGCCCCUCCUCAUCCGCAUCAGUCUCGACCGCAAGGCCCCUGCCAUGGUCGGCGAGGGCAAGAACCUUUGGCCGGACGUGCACAUCCAGGACCAGGCGGACCUCUUCGCGCUCGUGUACCAGGGCGCGCUCCGCGGCGACAUCGGCCACGGUGCGGACGGCUACUACUUUGGCGAGAAUGGCGAGCACUCGAUGCUGGACGUGGCCGAGUCGAUCGGCAAGGCCCUGGAGAAGCGUGGCCUGGGCCAGGCUGAGCCCAAGACGCUCUCCAAGGAGGAGCUCGACAAGUACACCGGAGGCUCCACGUAUCUCGGCACCAACUCACGCGCUCGCGCUCAGCACUCGCGCGAAAUCGGCUGGAAGCCCAAGUACGGCGAGGCCGACUUCCUCGCCUCGAUCGGCCCCGACAUGGACUGGACGCUGAAGAGCAACCGCGGCAAGAAGGACGGACACUUUGUCUUUGGUCCGGGUCCUCAGGUCGUCGACGGACACUGGGCCCUGCCUCACAGAUUUCCAGCGAAGCUUUCAACAUUAGUCGUGGCUCCUACGACACAUCAAUCUUCACAACAGCAAGCUGGGCAGACAAGCGGGUUCCAACCGGAUAAGGGCCCGUGUGAUGCCGCGUUGGACGAGAUGGUCGAAGGACGUGUUAUGGUCGAGCGAGAGGACGAUGUCGGCGAUAGCUCGACUAGUCCUGACUUUGUGAGGGCUUCGGAUUAG